CCCCAGUGCAGCGGCAAACAUGUCCGACAGUUCAGUUGUGUGUUUACAUGCUUUAGUCCGUAAUGUUGUAAUUUUGGAACAUUAAAACAGGCCUGGUUGUUCUGUUGUGGUCCCAAACGAAUAUACUUAUUCCACCUCCUAUUGAAGGUGUCAGAAGCCAGAACGAUGACGUCAAUUAUCAAGCUGACAGCGUUGUCGGGGGUCCAGGAGGAGUCUGCCCUCUGUUACCUGCUCCAGGUGGAUGAAUUCCGCUUCCUCCUUGACUGUGGCUGGGAUGAAAACUUCUCAAUGGAUAUCAUUGAUUCUCUCAAACGGUAUGUGCACCAGGUGGAUGCUGUUCUUCUGUCCCAUCCUGACCCCAUACACCUUGGAGCGCUGCCUUAUGCUGUGGGAAAACUGGGUCUGAACUGCACUAUAUAUGCAACAAUACCCGUCUACAAGAUGGGGCAGAUGUUCAUGUAUGAUCUGUAUCAGUCUCGAAACAACAGCGAAGACUUCACACUCUUCACCCUGGAUGAUGUGGAUUCUGCGUUUGAUAAAAUCCAGCAGCUGAAAUACUCUCAAAUUGUAAACCUCAAAGGGAAAGGACACGGCCUUUCGAUCACACCGGUUCCUGCCGGCCACAUGAUUGGAGGAACUGUGUGGAAAAUAGUGAAAGAUGGAGAGGAGGAAAUAGUCUACGCUGUUGACUUUAACCACAAAAGAGAGAUCCACCUGAACGGCUGUACGCUGGAGAGCAUCAGUCGACCAUCUUUACUGAUCACAGACUCUUUCAACGCUUCAUAUGUUCAACCUCGUCGUAAACAAAGAGACGAGCAGCUUUUGACCAAUGUGAUGGAGACUCUCCGGGGUGACGGCAAUGUGCUUAUUGCGGUGGACACAGCUGGGCGUGUGCUGGAGCUGGCUCAGCUCCUGGACCAGAUUUGGAGGUCAAAGGAUGCAGGACUUGGUGUUUACCCUCUUGCAUUACUUAACAACGUCAGCUACAAUGUGGUGGAGUUCUCAAAGUCUCAGGUGGAGUGGAUGAGUGACAAGCUCAUGAGAUGUUUCGAGGACAAGCGAAACAAUCCCUUCCAGUUCCGCCACUUGCAUCAGUGCCAUAAUUUGGCCGACUUGGCUCGGGUACCCAGUCCGAAGGUGGUGCUCUGCAGCCAGCCGGACCUGGAGUCUGGCUUUUCCAGAGAACUCUUCAUCCAGUGGUGCCAGCACGCCAAGAACUCCAUCAUCCUCACCUAUCGCACGACACCUGGGACACUGGCCCGUUAUCUGAUUGACCACCCGGGAGAGAAGAUGCUGGACCUGGAGGUGAGGAAGCGGGUGAAACUGGAAGGAAAGGAGCUGGAGGAAUUCCUCGAAAAUGAGAAAGUCAAGAAGGAAGUUGCCAAAAAACUGGAACAGGAAAAAGUGGAAGACGUGGACUCUAGCGAAGAGAGUGACAUGGAAAAUGAUGACGAUCAGCCGGCCGCGGUGAAAACCAAGCACCACGACCUGAUGAUGAGAGGCGAGGGCAGCCGGAAAGGAAGCUUCUUCAAACAAGCCAAGAAGUCGUACCCGAUGUUCCCAGUGCACGAGGAGCGAAUCAAGUGGGACGAGUAUGGAGAAAUCAUCAGGCUUGAAGACUUCCUGGUUCCGGAGCUUCAGGCCACAGAAGAGGAGAAAAGUAAAAUGGAUUCUGGGAUGACCAACGGUGAAGAACCAAUGGUCCAGGACCUUUCUGUGGUCCCGACCAAAUGUGUAUCCAGUGUGGAGAACCUGGAAAUCAGAGCCAGAGUCAUGUACAUCGACUAUGAAGGUCGAUCAGACGGAGACUCCAUCAAAAAGAUUAUUAAUCAGAUGAAGCCUCGACAGCUGGUGAUCGUCCACGGGCCUCCGCACGCCAGUCUGGACCUGGCCGAGUCCUGCAAGGCCUUCAGCAAGGACAUCAAAGUCUACACGCCAAAACUGCAGGAGACCAUCGACGCUACGAGUGAGACGCACAUCUACCAGGUGCGUUUGAAAGACUCCCUCGUCAGCUCGCUGCAGCUGUGCAAGGCCAAAGACACGGAGCUGGCCUGGAUCGAUGGUGUGCUGGACAUGCGGGUGGUGAAGGUGGACACGGGUGUGAUGCUGGAGAAGGGUGUGAGAGAGGAGACGGAGGACAGUGAGCAGCCAAUGGACACCUUGCCUGAUCUGGGCAUGGAGCACAGCGCAGCGGCGGUGGCCGCCCAGCGAGCGAUGAAAAGUUUGUUUGGAGAGGACGAGAAGGAGCCGUCGGACGAGAGUGAUGUCAUUCCUACGCUGGAGCCGCUGCCUCAACACGAGGUUCCAGGUCACCACUCCGUGUUCAUCAACGAGCCGCGGCUGUCGGACUUCAAGCAGGUGCUGCUCAAAGAGGGAAUCCAGGCCGAGUUUGUGGGCGGAGUUCUGGUCUGCAACAACAUGGUGGCUGUACGGAAGACGGAGGCCGGGCGCAUCGGACUGGAAGGAUGCAUGUGUGACGAUUAUUAUAAGAUCCGGGAGCUGCUGUAUCAGCAGUACGCCAUUGUGUAGCCGGAGGAGCCCGCGACAUCGCAAAGACUGUCAUGUAUAGUGUCUCUUUUUUUACACGGAUUUUCUACUGUGAGUGGUCAAAAAACAGACGCUUCACUCGGACUCUAAUCGGACUGUGAAUCCUGGACUGCCUUUUGUCACCUCCUGUACAGCAACAUCAUGUGAACCAGUGUUGAUGGCUGUCUUCUCUCAUUAAAUGGACACCCUUUUUUUUUUUUUUCAAAUGUCCCGUUGUUUUCCCGUGUCACAAACCUGAACAGUGCUGCUCGUCUGAAUCACCAAGUAGACCAUGGGUGGAGCAAAACAAAGAAGGGAUGAAGAACGAUGGACAAAACUCAAAAAAAGACCAAUGAAAAGAAAGGGAAGAAAGGCCUAAACCGAAUCCUAAACUAGUCAUGAAUAAAGUACAAAUUCAAAAUUGUUGGUUCGCUGUCAAACGGUUCUGCAUGAUCGGUUUGGUAGUUUGUCAAGAGGGCUGCUUGAAUAUGGGCCCUGGGGCCGCACUUUGACUGGACUGAGUGGAGACUUUUAGGGUCGGAAGCAAGUUUUAGGAUUGAGAGCUGACAUCAGCAGAAAGAAAGGCAGUGCCUUGGCUUGGGGACAUACUGCGUCUGCUUCUAAAUAUGACCGUUGCCUGACAUUUUUACCAAAGGUACAGUACUGAGAACACAGGCCCUCCCCAGGUUACAGUUUGGAGAGAUGUCAACCUGAGACCCGGUGUCGGUGGAAGACUUGGAAAAGGUGUGGAGAAUGGUUCUACUUAUUAUGGUCAAGGACUCAAGUGAGCCUGACUUUGAGGAUCUAGAACCAGGGUGACCAAAGUAAGUCAACCGAUUAGGAAGGGUUCAAGACAUAAAGGGUAAAGAACAAAGGUCAGAGGACCAAGUUCAACAGCAGGAACUUGGGUGCAGGACCAGAGAGAACCAUGACACUUUUGGUCUAAAGAGAUCUGAUGCUUCAGGGUAAAGACAACCAGGAGAUGCAAGACUUCUCGGACCCAACAAUCCGAGCCGUGUGUUGGAUAGUUGAGCACCUAAACACCCUCCAUCCCUUUUAAACUACUCCUCUGAAUCAUGUUCAGACUCUCGCAGUUGAUCCGUCACGGUCAGCACCAUUGGACGGACUCAUUUGCAUUUCUGCGCGUCGUCACUGCUGCUCCAGCAGAUGGAGACAUUUCUAACCGCAGGCCAGGAGACUUCCUAUUCCUCUGACGGCAGGAUCAGUGCAGCCAGCUCUGGUUUCCUCUCACUAUCUGAUCACCUCGCACGGUUUCUGUCUCAAAAAUAAUGGGAUGGUUCACAGUCUUUAUCCCACCACGGUGGAGAAACAGCCGAGCCGGAAAGUUAGCCGAUAAGAGGAGCCAGCUCUUGAGAAAUACACCAACACAUUUUCUUCUUGUGUUUUUGCUUAUCAGUUUGAUUUGUUCUCACUUGUUCACACCGGUCCUCUCUUUACUUGUCCACAUUCCAACUUCAUUUAUUCCUCCCUUCUUUACUUAUUUUCCGCUUUUCUAAUCUUCUCUUCCCUAAACCUUUUUGCUUUUCCAUCCUUCAACAUUUAGCUUUUGUACUCUCUUUGUCUUUCAUUCUACUUUUCACCUUUCCUCUGUUCCUUCCUUCUCAAUUUCAAAUUCACCUUUCAUGUCUCUGUUUCACUUUCAUUCAUUCACCCAUCAUUCCUUGCUUGCACUCUUUUUCAAAAAAUUUUGGUUUCUUCCAUGUGUUCUCUCCUUUCCUUUCUGUAUACCAUGUUAAUUCUGCCAUUGUUUCCUCCCAUCACUCACAUUAACGUCAUUCUUUUUACUUUUCUAUCUCUUCCCUAUUUGCAUCAACAUCCCUUCUUUCCUUUUCAUUCUUCCUCUUGUCUUCUUUCUCUUCUGUUUUUCCCUUUUAUUGUUCAUUCUGUCUUCACUUCCUUCCUUCCUGUCUCCCUUUCAGUGUGGUUUCUUUUCUGUCAGUUUUAUUUGUCUUUCAUCUGUUCAGUGUUCUUUCUUUUUAUUCUAUCUUUCUUCCUUCCUGUCGUCCAUUCUCUGUCUCCCCUUAUGUUUACUACUCUUUUUGUCUGUUCUCUUGCUGUCCCUUUAUUUGUACUUUCUAUUCCUCCCUUGCUUUCAGCGUUCCCUCAGUGGCGUUGCAUCUCUUUCCUGUCAUUCCACCUUUUCAUUUUCAUCCUUUGUUUCAUCCUACCUUCCCCCUUCUGCUGUUCCUUGCUUUCACUACAUCUGGACCAAGAUUGUGCCAUCCUUCCUCACCUCUCUUUCAGUAAUCUUCCUUCCUUCCUUUGUUCCUUUCACUUUCUGUCAGUUUGUUUUUCCAUUUUUUUAUUCUAUUUUUAUUGUUAAUUCAUUUGUUUUCAUUCCUGAGAAUUUUGUCUUUCCUUUCCAAUUUCCUCCAUGACAUUUUCCCCUUCAUUUAUGUGGCAACUGACAUGAAUUCCUUUUGAUAAUUCACAGGUCCUUAUUAUAUAUUGUAUUAUAUUAUAUUUUUAUUCUCCAUUCCAGUGUUCUAUUUUCCUUAUUUUUUUUCCUCACUGAUUUAGAUUUCUCUAUUUUGAAUCUUGUUAUAGUUCCAUUUGUAGACAAACGUUUCAUCGGCCUGGUUGUGUCUAUUCAUGUGACUACGUACCGGUGAUGCUGGUGGCGACUCGUUCGAUGACGUGUUAACACAUUUGUAGAAACCUUUGUCUCAAUCUUCCUCCUCCUCCUCCUCCUCGCCCCGAUGCUCACACGUGCCUGCAGUGUGACGACACACGCAGCGUUGAAGACUCGUCCUGCACUGAUAGGCUGUUAAGCAAUCACAGUGGAUACACACACACACACACACACACACACACACACACACACACAAGUAGGACAAGGAAAGCGAGCUGUGCUGAGUGUGUGUGUUGUCACGCACCCGGUUGAGACUUGAGCACAGAUGACUGGCUGUCGUGUCGGCCUCUUCCCCCUGCAGUUGCGUAACAUACAGUUUUGCACUUUAGAGACAUUAAAUUUUAAAUGCUCUGUUUUUUCCUAUUAAUCCACCCGAACAUCCCCAUCCCACCCGACCCCCCCAUCCACUCGCACACAGUCACCGAAUGAUGCUGUUAUUUAUUUGCCUGAGCCUUGAUAACCUGUGAGGGACGGUCCAGGAGCAGGGGGGAGAGCGUGUGCCUCUGCCCAGUCACUGCUUUUUCAUUUUGAUAAUUGACCAACAACGCCAGAAAUGUCCAUCAGCUAAUCCUCUUAGCUUUCAUAAUGCUGACUCUGUCACAGAAGCUCCUGUUUUAAUGUAACGAGUGGCUAAACCCCCCCCAGACCCCCGCCGCCCCCUGCAGGCCGCUCUCCGAUCUGCUCCACGAUCUGUCCGAUUCGAUCACGUCCCGACUGGAGGGUGACGCCACGCUGCCAACACUUGGACAGAACAGCGAACCCUGGACAGAGUCGUCCUCUGGUUCAUGUGAUCGGGGGAUGAAUGCCUCUAAUCCCCCCCGGUUGCUGCUCUCCUCCCUGAGCAGACCACUUAAUGAUGUGGUAAUGUGACGGUGGAAGUCUCUAAAUAUUGGAACGUAAUCCCAUGAUGUCAUUGCACAAAUGCCACCCAUUGCUCUUGACUGGAGAUCAAGGCAAAUCGAGACACUUGGGGUCAAGCAUCUGGAAAAGGACGUCUUAAGGGCUGAGUUCUGGCCAAUGUUCUGGGUCAACACCCGAGUGAUGUGAGGACUUGGACGGCCCAGAAUCAGGCAAGGACGCCGCUCUACUGGUGGAGGAUGGGCCAAAACGUCCAGUCUUUUUAGGGUCUCCGACAGAAAUUAGGGGCAUCUCGAUGUUGCACUUAUACAGUCAGACCAUCUGAAGAGGUGAAAAUCCUCAGGUGAGCAAACUUUGGAGCGAGCUGUCACCAUGAGGGAGAUUCCUGUUUGGGUUGUCGCCGUGUGUCGGCUCUUCCUGAGGUUCCAGUUCCUCCCUAGAGCCCCGAGGGAGUUUCUAAAGAUACACUCACAACAAAACGCCACGUCGAGCGUGAAUCCAGAGUUACACCGUCACAGAGAGGAUCCUCUUAUGCAACCGACGUUGGACCGCCGAGCGAGAGACGCCGGCGGACACAAAUCCAAGAAGACGCUCGCUUCUGCAGCAGUACCCAAAGUGCUGCUGUGCGUGAUGUCGUAACAAAGGAUGGAAGCCAGGGUGUUUUGGGACCUCUUGAUUUUUUUUUGUUUUCAGGAGCAAACCCGUAAGUGUCCGGAUGUCAGGCACCGCAAAAGUAUUUGUCUGUGUGAUCAUACAGAAUACAGACAAAUUGAGUAUUUUGGGUCAGGAAACAUGACUGGUAAGGAGAAACGUUUAGGGUUUAACUGUCGACCUCACUGCAGCUUGUAGGUUCCUGAGGUGGAGCAGUGAGGGGAAGGAGCACGUGAAGGCAAGAUGGUCUGUGUCACACAGCAGGAACCAGGAGGUGCAAGACUCAAUGGACUUUGAUAGCGAAAAUUCAUUGGUCAAGAAUGGCCAAAUCACGACUUGUGAACCAAGGUUUGCAGAUCAGAAGCAGGAAAAAAUAGGAUAUUAUGGGUUAAGAACUCAUGACCCAUAAGGGCCAAGCAUGAUGGACAAAGAUGGAAACCUAUGUGGGAUCAAAGACUUGGUGGAGCAGGGACUUGGAGGGCGGGUCAUUUCUCACCCUAACACUCGCUCUUGGUUUUGAGUGCCCUUUACUACGACCAAGUGAAGUGAUGGACGUCCCUAAGAAUUGGGACAACACUUUGUGACAUCACGCGUAAAGACAGCGUGUCAUUGGCUGCCGUGCUGUGUUGUGUUUCCUCCAUGUUGUCCGAUCCACUUCAAGUCAGCGCCGGCGCCCUCGGUUUGAAGGGAUCAUUUCAAGUGUUGAAGGCUGAGUGCCCUCGGUCUGAGGAGGAUUGGGACACACUGCACUUACACGUGAACGUGCAAAACCCAGUGUUAGGAUGAGAAAUGGGACACAGUCUCCAGCUUUAACUUCCAAGUCAAGAUAAAUCAAGACAAGAUUGAGGAUCCUUGUAAGACCAGGAUGCUUGGUUUGUGUCCAGAAACAAACGUAGAUGGUAGAUCAUUUGACCAAACAUCAUUCUCACACGAUGUGAGACAGGAUCUCUGCGGUUGACUAGAAGCCACAUGCCAGUGACUGAAGUUGAGGGUCAGAUAUAUAUAAAGGCGGAGUGAAAGUGGACCACGAGGAAGCCGUGGAGUUUCAUGGAUCACCAUCUUGUUGAUUCAGAAAAGCGAGCGUAGCGAAGUGGAUCAGUGUUGAUGACUCGGACACGUUGGACAGCUGAGUCAUGGACACGGACUGAAGUGGAUGUGAAAACAAGCGCGGAGGAGUGUGAAUCCCCACCAGUGACUCAGCAGUGUUUAUUUUCAGUGUAGAUGCCAGCGUGCUGACCAGUGGCCCGAAGACUUUAACACUUCAUCUCACAAGUGACGCCCGUCAUGUAAGGCGAGAACUGAACACUCGGUGUCUUUAGACACGCGGCAAACAAAGGGAGCUUUAACCGCACAGGCACUUUUUCAUUUUCACUGUUUCAACUGCUGAAGUCACAUGACACUACAGUGGAACACAAGACUGAUGGACCGAGGGCAUGGGAUCUACUUGGCUUUAUAGUGUCUGGCAAAUUUAUUGUGCUGUGUGGCGCUAAUCCCCCCGAACCAUGAAGAAAAAUAUAAAAAGAAAAUGGAGAGUUCAGUUACUGUAUCACAUGACCUUCCUCUCAUGUCAAGGCCGAGACACAGUUCCUGCUCACACUGCAGAUUUUGAGGCUGAGCAUUUUACUGAUCCCUGACAACAUGACCAACUCCUGCUUGGUCUGGUCGAGGGGAGUCGGUGGACGGGAGGUGAAUCACUCAGCGGGGAGAUCUUCAAACUUCAUGACAGGAUCCCUCCCACCUCUGCAGAAGCCAGCGGGUCAGAAUGGUCGUCCCUCUCCUCCACAGGAAGAUCAUUCACUUUCCUGUC